AUGUAAUAAUCUGAUUUGUAAAAUCCAGGAUUGGUUUAACAACCUGGCUAAAUUUAGUAUGGUGUACAAAUUCCUUAAUAAUCAGCUGCAGCUCAUUAACCAUAAGUUUAAGCUUUGCCUAGAAUGGUUGAAAUUCCUAUGAAAUAAGGAGAAGUUAUGUCUUAGUAUUUGGUUAGAAAACAAGUUUAUAAAAAUGCAUUUAAAGAUUUAAAUGAUCAUGAUAAAGCCUAUUGCUAUGCAAACAUUUACGCAAACAUUACAUUUUUAUAUGCUAAAUAUCCUCCAUCUCUCACUGAAAAAGUUAUGAAAUAUGCACCUCAAGCUUGA